GUGAUCCAGUUGAUCGGAACGCUAUCCUCUCAGAGAUCUGUUCUUUCCAGUCGAGCACCAUGAAGGAUAAGGUAAUGGCUGAAGAUAUGCCAUUUCUUCCCGAAGAAAUCAUCAGAGACAUUCUCAUACGACUUCCGGCAAAAUCGCUGAUCCGAUUUCGGUGUGUAUGCAAACAGUGGAGGAAUCUCUUCAAGACCCCAUCUUUUAUCCAAGAACACCUCAAUCACACCAGUCAAAAUCCUUCUCUUCUUCUCCAACCGAAGGACUUGUGGUUGCUCGAUUGUGAGAUGCAACUCAAGAAAGUUGACAACGCCCCUUUAAUCGAUUCCUCGAAUACCUUCCGAGUCGUCGGUUCCAGCAAUGGAUUGCUUUUAGUCGGUAUUUGUAAUAGAUUUCCUUGCUUUUUAUUGUGGAAUCCAGCGACUAGAGAGGUCAGACCGGUGCCCUCUGUUACAGUGCUGUCUGAAGAUAGCCCUCGCAAUGCAGGAUUUGGCUUCAGUCCAAUUCUUAAUGAUUAUAAGAUAGUGGUCCCUUAUGAUUCUAGUUAUCUUUAUGAUGUUUUGCCGGUCGCAGUGUAUUCCUUAAGGUCAGGGUCAUGGAAGAAAGUAGAAUGUGGGAUAAAAAACAUAGGUAUUCGUUCUGGGAGCAUCACUGUUAAUGGGUCUAUGUAUUGGUUUGGGUUUCUGUGGAAGGAAAAUACAGGAAAUUAUAACGAUGGGAUAGUUUCAUUUGACAUAGCAAAUGAAGUGUUUAAAUGGAUCCCAAUACCUGAUUGGUCUACUUCAUUCACUAGUCUUACUGUGCACGAGAACAAACUUGCUGUGCUUUCUUCUCCUUUUACGGAAGACUUGAGUGAAUUGUGGGUCAUGGAGGAUGGUACUGGUGUAUCUUGGGCCAAGAAAUACAGUAACCAUCUCUUUCCAAGCUUGGUACGUCCAGUGGCUAUGUGGAGGAAUCAAAUUGUUUAUGAUUUUAUUAUUACUGAAAAUGAACACCCAGAUCAAGAACCAAUUGUUGAAGAAAAAGUUGCCCUGUUAAAUAUCAGUACAAAUCAGUUGAAGACAUUUGAUAUCAGCAAAUGUGAGGAUGGUUGUCGCUGGAUUUUUACCUAUACAGAAAGCCUUGUACCAAUUGGAGGAAAUAAAUUGUGUGUGCUAUUUGUAGAAUGAUGAAGCCAUUUUUGUUCUAUUUUGUUCAAUCUCACUACUAAUAGUAAUGACCGCACUUGUAA